AUGAAAACGUGUGUUUAUAAUUUGCUUGUGGCGUGUCUGGUAUUUUAUCUAAAGGAAAAUGUGUUGGGAGGUGGUGCAGAUAUCCCACUGAAAUAUGCUGACAUGAGAGGACUUGAUGAUUUAACUAAUUUAAAUGAUGAACAAGUAAAGGACAUACUUGGACUUGAUAUAAAAGGAGCUAAAGAAAGAAUAGCUAAAUUAUUUAAAAUAAUUGAUAAGAACAGUGAUAAUUUAAUAACAGAAGAUGAAUUGAGUACGUGGUCAAAUUAUGUAAAAAAUGAAGUAUUUUUAAAACAAGUGCAGGUAGAAAUGAAGCAGAUAGAUGCAGAUAAAGAUGGGUUCAUAUCAUUACCAGAAUUAAAUGAAGCAUUUUCACAAAACUUAGAUGCAAAAGAAGUAGAGAAACAUUCGGAAGGAUUAUUAAAAAGGUUUCAAAUAGUUGAUAAAGAUAAAGAUAGUAAAUUAAAUAUUAACGAAGUUGGAUUAUUAAUUGAUCCUAUGAAAGAUGAAGAAUUAAAGGAAUUGGAAAUUAAUGAAAUAUUAGAACAUCAUGAUGUUAAUAAAGAUGGAAGAAUAUCUGUUGAUGAAUUUAAACAAACAAGAACAGAUGAUCCACAUGCAAAAAAAGAUGAUGAUGUAGCGUUGGAUGAUUUCAAUUUUUUCGACACAAAUAAAGAUGGAUUUAUAGACAAAGAAGAAAUUGUUAAAGUUUACUUUGAUCCAUCAAAUGAGGCAGGUUCUAUUAAUUUAACCGAAAUUAAAGAUAAUAUAUUUGAAGGAAAACCAAUUACAGCUGAUCUGUGGAAUGAAAAGGCUUUAAAGUUAGCUAUAACCUCAUUGACAGAUUAUGGAGAUAUUUUAAGAUAUCCAGAAGAUUUUAAGUUAGACAUUGGGAAAAAUGUGGUUCUACCAUCAAGUAAAAAUAGAGUAGGUGUAGAUGAUGAUUUAGACCAAGAUGAUGGAUCAUCUGAUGACAAGGAUGAUUCUUCCAAUGAAACUUCUACAAGCAAGGCUCCGAUACCCGACGAGUUAUAA